AUGGCCAGAGAAGUCGCCAAAGCACCAGCGACCCACCGACCAGCACGCCCAAUGCCGAUCACUGAUGAGUCUCCGUUGACUGCAAAGAAAGGCGCCCUUCAGCCGGAUGAGGAAGUGAUGUCCAGGCUCGGAGCUUCAAUUCCAGAUGUGGAUAGUGUGAUAAGAUGCAUGCAGGAGAAUACGAGGCGGGCAGGGAUGCCACCUGUCACGGAGGAUGCCGCUAUCAAUACCCCCGGUCCUACCUGCCCGAGAACAAGACAACAGCAUUGGACUGGCACAUCGGUUGUCGCACUUGAGGCUGACAUUCAUCAUGGGCAUGGAUCCAUUGUUCUGGAGGCAGCGAACCAUCUGCCGUGA